AUAAUAAUAAUAAUAAUAUAAUAAUAAUAACAGAUAACGUUUUGUACGUGGUAAAUAAAUUAUGAUGACAAAUGUGCCUCAAAUUGCAGCCUUUUUUUUUUUUUUUUUAAAAAUCCAUUUCAAAGAAACAGAGGAGUUAAAGGAUUAAACUUAGGCUAUAUUUAUACACGUAUACAUUUUUCCAUUACAGAGUGACGUGCUGAGCCCCUGUGCUGAAUCCCUGUGCUGAGCCACUCACUCUGAAACCGAAAGUAAGGGAAGAAGGACCGGCUUAAGCUAAUCAGCUUCACACACCGUCGGAAAAAAAGCUGCAAAAAAGGAGCAAGUCUAAUGACCCAUCAUGAAGAUGGUGAAAAAGAAGAGAUUUUGGCUCAUCCUCAUGGGGGAGGAGUGGACAGGAAAGAGCUCGGCUGGAAACACCAUGCUUGGCCAAACUGUAUUUAAAGUUGAUAGUGAUACAGAGCAUGUAAUGCAGAGCUUCGGGGUCAUCGAUGGUAGAGAUGUGACCGUGGUAGACACUCCCGGAUGGGAUUCAGAAUGUUCCCCAGAUGUGCCACUCAAAAUGCUGAAGAAAGCACACAACUCUGCCGUGGGUCAAGGGUUCCACAUCCUGCUGCUGACCAUCCCCAUUUCCCAAAACCAAGAGUGGAACCAGAAAGUUGCGCAAAGGCUGUCGAAUGUGCUCACCCUAUUCAACGAUGAUACAUGGAAACACACCAUGAUUCUGUUCACCAGAGCUGACCUUCUGCAUCACACAGGAUUGGAGGGAUAUCUGAAAGGUAGCGGGCAGCCCUUCCAGAGUUUGCUGGAAAAGUGUGAGCACAGGUACCAUGUACUUAACAACUGCAAACGGAAUGAUCACGAGCAAGUCAGGGAGCUGAUGGAAAAGGUUGAGCAGAUGGUCCAAGAAAACAAUGGUCAAUCAUUGCAAUUGGUUAUGAGUGAACAGGAAGUGGGCACAUUGAGAGAGCAUGAGAUGAAUUCACUGAGAAACAACAGGCAGUUGGUGGAAAGAUGCACCAAGAUGGAGGAACACAUAGGGAGGGAAAGCGGCUUCAGAUUAGAAGACCACAUGUUUAAAUCACUGCCACCAGUGGAAAAUGACCCACCAAUGACCCAUCCUACUGAGCAAAGUGAGCUUCCAGAAGAAAACAGCACAUGCGUUGUGCGAUCUAAAAAUGAGAUGUCACAUCCAGGUGACAUGCAAGAUGUUGCACUUGAAUACAUCCACAUCCAAGAUGAAGAUACUGAAUCUACAUCUGACCUUUGCUCAGAAAGCCCUGCUGAAAUAAUCAGAGAUCUGGCCAUGAGCAGUGAUGAUGACGGUGAUACAGAAUCGAUUAAUGUAGAUCAGACUGAAAAGAACACCUGUACAGAGGUAGAGGAAACGGGCAUAGAUCGAAAUCCCGGAGAUGAAGAAAAGAACAAAAAACAUUUACAGCAUGCACCAUUGCAAAGAAACACUCCUCAAACCUGGGACAACCAGUGGGACUUGAGCAUUACUUGUUACAUUUAUAGCGAAGAAAGUGUUCUGAUGACUUGUGUUCUUCAGUUCUCUGUCUGCUGGAGAAAAAUGAAACCAUCAUGUGAGAGAGAUUGGAUCUCUUUCACAGUGUGCAGUGAUAAUAUUUUCUGGAUAUAUAUCAUGGUUUUGUACCUGUUUGUGAGAUAUUUAUGUCUGAUAUAUGAAACCUAUGGAGUAUCCAGAGAAACAAACAAAAAUCAGAACAUGAACACACUGGUCUCUGGGUUUGUUGAACGCCAGCAAAAACCAAGCAAAGAAAACCCGGGAGCUUUUCACUCAUUGCUGUGGCAGAUCAGCAACAACAGGCCUAAAGAGGUAACCCAAUGCAGCAACAUGGAGGAUGAUGAAGGAAUCCCACAACACAGCACAGGAGGUAAAGAUGAAAAGAUGAAGAAAGGUGAGGAUGAAGAGUUACCCCAACACAGUCAGAAAGGUGAUGAUGAUGAAGAAGAAGAUGAUGAAGAAGAACAAUCUCAACAAAUCAUAAAAGCUAAUGAUGAGAUACCCCAUCAGGGCAAGAGGGGUGAUAACAAAGAGAUACCUCAAAAUGACGGUAAUGAGGACGGUGAAAAUAUCCUCCAGCAAAGAAAGCGGGUAGACGAUGACCAUGUACUCCAACAUAGUAUAAAGGAGGAUGUGAAACAUGUACUCCAAAAUAACAAAACAGAUUAUGAAGAGACAAACCAACAGAGCAACGCAGAUGAGGAGGAAGAGCUACUCAAACUUAAAAGAACGGAUGAUAACAUAUGCCGAAACAGCAAUAGGCAUGGGAGGAUGAAAAAGAUGCACAGAAAGACCAAAAUGGUGGAAUAUGAGAACACACCCGAACACAGCCAAAGGGGACAUAAGGAGGAAAUGCUGCAACAUAACAGCAAAGCUGAUUAUGAAGAAAUACCCCAACAGAGCAAGAGAUGUAAAGAUGAAGAGCUAUCCAAACAUGUCAUCAAAGACAUGGAAGAGAUAUGCCAGAACCACAGGAGGGGCUUCAAGAAAGAGAUACCCCAGUAUAACACAAGAGGUUAUGAGGAAGAGAUACCUCAAAGUAACAGAGGGGGUUAUGAGGAAGAGAUACCUCAAAGUAACAGAAGAGGUUAUGAGGAAGAGAUACCUCAAAGUAACAGAAAAGCUUCCAAGAAAGAGAUACCUCAAAGUAACAGAAGAGGAUAUGAGGAAGAGAUACCUCAAAGUAAAAGAAAAGCUUGCAAGAAAGAGAUACCUCAAAGUAACAGAAGAGGUUAUGAGGAAGAGAUACCUCAAAGUAAAAGAAAGGCUUGCAAGAAAGAGAUACCUCAAAGUAAUGGAAGAGGUUAUGAGGAAGAGAUACCUCAAAGUAACAGAAGAGGUUAUGAGGAAGAGAUACCUCAAAGUAACAGAAAAGCUUGCAAGAAAGAGAUACCUCAAAGUAACAGAAGAGGUUAUGAGGAAGAGAUACCUCAAAGUAACAGAGGAGGUUAUGAGGAAGAGAUACCCCAAUGUAACUGGCUGACAGAUGAUAAAGAGAUACUCCAAUGUAACAGGAACAGGGAUAAUGAAGAGACAGCUAAGCACAGCAGGAAAACAUGUAAUGAGGAGAUACAACAUCACCAAAGAAAGGGGAAGAAUGGAGACACAUACCAACAGUGGAAGAGUGCUCAUGAUCAUGAGAUGCGUGGGCUAGAAGAUGGUAAAGAUAUACCCGAGCAAUGCAGGAAGAGAGGCAGUUAUGAGAUACCACAACACAGAAGGAAGAGGAUUGAGAAAGAUAUACCUCAACACACCAGCGUGUGGGACGCUGAAGAGAUUAAACAGGCACCGGAACAACAAGUAGAGGGAAUAGUUGAAAUAAGGGGUGCUAAUAAAAAAAUACACCACAAAUGGUGCAGAUAUCAACACACCAAAGAUGUCAACAACUUUGCAGAUGCGGGAGAAGAGGACACAAGACAACAAGGAGGUUUUAGGAAAAGGAGGAGAACCAAGAGUCUGGAACGAUUUAUUGUGUUUUACAUGCUGAUUUCACUUAUACCAGUGCAACAUGCUCAAGGGAGUCCUAAAGCUGUGGUGUCCAUAAAGCCUGAUACACAUCUGUACAGAGGAGAGAGAGUUAUAUUCAGAUGUGACAUACAGGGACGAGGAUACACUAAGUGGACAUACAGCUGGUAUAGGAAUAAUAACACACUCCACUUUCCUGUAUUUGACAUGUUAGAUUAUGACAGGACAAUGCAGGAUGUCAGUAUCUGGUAUGUUAGAGACUCUGACAGUGGUGACUACACCUGCAGAGGACAGAGCAGUGACUCUCAGAGCUCAGAGAUCAGUGAUGCUGUUACUCUGACUGUAUCAGAGAUACCAGAGGUAGUACUGAGUGUAUCUCCACAGAGCUGGCUGACUGAAGGAGACUCAGUGACUCUAAACUGUGAGAUUACAAACUCCUCAACAGACUGGAAAUUCAGCUGGGACACAGCUGUUCCCUACAGAAUAAAAAGAGACCGUCAUGGUGAUAUUAUCUAUGGAGACUCCUACACUAUCAGUCCUGCUGCUCUUAAUCACACAGGAGUUUAUGUGUGCAGAGCAGAGAGAGAGGAACGAGUUUAUCACACACGUUACAGCAAUGAACAACCACUAUGGAUCACUGGUGAAUCUCCUCCAGUCUCUCUGAUCAUCAAUCCCAACAGAACUCAACACUUUACUGAUGACUCUCUCUCACUGAGCUGUGACGACCAGAGUAACUCUACUGGAUGGAGAGUGAGUCGAUACACACAGAGUAGGAGAGGGUCAGAUUGUUCACAGUGGGGAUCAGUUACAGGAUCUACAUGUAAUAUCAGCUUCCUCUCCACAUCCUACACUGGAGUUCACUGGUGUGAGUCUGAAUCUGGAGAAAACAGUAAUCCUGUCAACAUCACAGUGCAUGUUCCAUCAGGUGUAGAAGCUCCAUUCUCAGUGCUCAUGCUGAUCAGUAGUGUAGUGACGGCCUCUCCGUAUCUGCUGGUGACCAUCAUUCUGCUGGUCAAAUGUUACAGAGCUCGAGCUCACACUGGUGAAUACAGAAUCCAGAACGCAGUCAUAGAGGAGUCAGCAAAGUUCAUCUAUAAAAAGAGGAUCCGUUUAAUGUAGAAAUCAUUUCAUAAUUGCUUUAGAGUCAUUUUGUGGAUUGUAAAUAAUACUGAUCUGUCGCUUUAACAUCAUGCUGUUUGUAGCUCAGCAUCUUACACGCACUCGUCUUUCUGACUGGAUUUGUUUAGCUGAAGCCUGCAAACCUCCUCAUGAGGUGAAAGUGAACAUGUGUUUAGUCUCUAAUAAAGCCUACAUGUUGCUAAUGCAAAAACACGUGUGAAAUAAAUGUGUCUGCUAUUGGAGUGAGUUUAAUCCCAACAUGGUGACCUGCACAUUACAACCUCAAAACGUUUCAUGUUACAUUACUGAUGAACAUUUUGGUGUGCGUUAUUGAGAGCAGACUCGAGGUGUGUAUUUUAUAUUUGGUUUGACUUUUCUUUUCAGCUGUGUGAACUUUAAUUGAAGUUGUGUGAGGAGAUGUGUGGUUGGAAUGUUUUGUUCAAUUAAAACCUUCAAAUAAAUGCACCAGUAUCGAUGAAGACUAUGUGCACAAUAUAUAAUAAGGGUUAUAUAUCAUUUUCUUCACUCCGUUAGUUAACCUGGUUGCAAUGCUGUGUGAAGUACAUGUAAUAUAAUGAGAAAACUCAGAGCAAAUACUCUUGUGCCUUUUAAAUAUCACCAUUUUAUUUUUAACAUUUUGUAUUUUUUCAAAUAGAAAAUAAAAAGAAUCUUUACCAAGACAAUGUGUACUUUAUUUCUCGCCAAGAAAAAUGAUGAAGAUGUGAGAAAUGUGAACAAAAAUACACUGUUAAUGUUAAGCUGUGUACAUUUUUAAAGUAAACUACUCUGGUUAAUGACGUCAGUAUGUGUUGAGGGACACGGUGGAUAGAUUAGGUAGAUAAAUUAGAUAUCCAUCUGUUAACUUAGCUAGUGAUGGAAAGUGCUCUUUCAGCUCUUCUGCUGGUGAUUGAGUACGCUAGUCAUACUUAUCAUUAGUUACUAGGGGUGUAACGAUAUGCUCCGGUC